AUGACGUUGGUCGAUUAUUCCAGCGAAGAGACGUCUGCUGCGGAAGAAGACCCCUCUGAUGGUGAGGGUAGUCGGCCCCGUCUGCCGUCGCUCUACUUUGAGGAUCUGAGGAGUAUGGUUGAAGAGGCGGGGAAUCCGAGCCCCUUGAUCUCGGGGGCGGAUGUAGUCGAUGGGAAUGGGGAUGAGCAGAUGGGCGAGGAAGAGUCGAGCUCCUCCACGCUGGAUACGGAAGUGUUGUUUGAUUUCUCCGAGUAUGACACCGUCGACGUACAAGGAGAGGGACAUGAGAAGUCGCUUGGGGACAUGUUGAGCUCCUUUCCUGGAGAGUUUGAGGGGUGGCAGACUGAUGCUGAUGAAGAGGAGAAUCUCCCUCCGACGGCAGCUCACGAGAUUAUUCGUCCCAUCACCGGGCUGGGUUGGUACGACGACGCCGAAAGAUCAAGUUGUUCUGAUAUUCGUCCCCAGGUUUUGGUGACGAGCAUCACCAGAGAAGACGGGGAUUCCAACACAGCAUCAGACAGGUCGUCAACGUUCCCUGCUCGGAAAGAUUCGUUGAAAUACAGUCCCCAAGCUCUUACCUUUUCCGAAGCGUCUUACGCGGCCGAGAAAGCGGAUAGCUUCACCACGUCGGAAGAAGGUGGUUUCGGUGGCACGCCUAUGAGAGCCGUCUUUGACAAUACGAGCCACUUCUUCCAGUCGACCACCGUGGAAGACGAACACUGGAUAUCAACGCCAACAUCACCAAGGUCCCCGCGACGCUCGUCAUCCGUCUACUCCGAAGACUCCUCAGAAAAUGAAGACUCUCUCUCCCCCACCUCAAAGACAUCCCCAACUUCCCCGAGCGAGGACGAAGAAGAUGAAGAAGAGAUAGACGAUCUCCUAGACAUCUACGCAACCACAACCUCCUCCCACCCCUCCCACACCCUCUCCCCAACAACCGACAAAGACCUCCUCCCCCCCUACCAUCCCUCCUCCCCAUCCGCCCUCAUCCCUCUCACCACAAUCGCCCGAGGCCUCUCCCUCCCACAAACAACCCCCUACAACGCCCUCCAAACCCACCUCGCCCGCAACGCAAACAUCCUCCGCUACCUAACCCUCCACUGCGUCCCCUACCCCUCCAUAAACCCGCUCGAACCCCAAACCGACCUCGUCGAACCCAUCCUGCCCCUGCCCCUGACCCCCGGAUCAGGAGAAUACACCCAAAACUUCCCCUCCCACCCGCGCAGGCGCGGGUACACCCGCCUCCUCCAAGCCAUACGCUCCGUGCAGUGGUCAGCAGACGCAAUCAACGACAUGCUCGCCGUAGUAGACUUCCACUCCCCUCUACCACCCCCUUCAUCUCCGUCAUUCUCAACGUACACUUCGCACAGACGAACCUCAGCAGCCCUCCCCGCCUUUCGAAAACUCCGCGCCGCGGAUGCAGAGAGGCGGGGAUACCUUACCUCGGCGCAGCUGCACGAGCUCAGCACGCACGGUAUCUCGCUCCUCGACGUGCUGCAGAUGAACGACGUCCCGCGGGUCGUGAGCUCCGGGUUGGGCGGGCGGCUGGUUGCUGCCGCGGCGUCUGGGGCGUUGGGCGUGGCGAGGGAGUGUAAUCUGCUUGAUGAGGAGGGGGCGUUGUUGGAGUUGCUUGCUGAUCCGGAAGAGGAGAUUGGCACGAGGUUGAGGAUCCGGGGUCAGGGGAGCCGAGGGGGGGCAGGGAGCGGGCUGAGGUGUUGUGUUGGUGUUGAUGAUGAAGAUGAGAUGGAUGUUGAGAAUGGAAGGGUGGAUGACGAUAUGGAUGAGGAUGAGGAUGAGAACGAGGAUGGGGGGUAUGUGGAGGGAAUGUAUGACGGCCUCGUCGACGAGAUGGGAGCAGGGCACAUCGUUGAUGAUGGGUCGUACCUCGUUAGCCCCUUAUCCCCCGAAACGUUCACCGCAGAACAGGACUGGGAGGACCAUGGUGGUGUCCCCCUAGCGGUGACGAUGUCUCAACCAUCAGAGGACCUCAUGACGUUCUCCGACGAUGAAGACGACGAGGAGGAUGACAUCUACGAUCCAUUUACAGACUCCAAUCCGGAACAGCCAGAGACAGACCUCCACGUCAAACCGCUAAACAUACCGAGAAAGAAACCCACGCUCAAGAGGUCACAUAACUUUCGAGAAAUCGAUACCACUGGCGAUGAGACUACUACCGCGGUUCUGGUCGACGAAGAGACGGGCGAGGACCCGGAGCUGCGGCGGUUCUUCAACGAGAUUGGGGCGCGAGUGGUUGCUACCAGGUCAAACAUGGUUAUCGAGUGA